AUGAUUCCAAAGAGAUUCAGAUUUUCAGCCUUUUUUCUCGCCUUCUCGCCCGCUCACGCUACUAUCGUUGAGUACGACUAUUCGUACUCUGAGAGUCAGAGCUUUAAUUUCAGUGAAUUCGGAAGAGCCAGAGCGAGACCUGGUUUACAGACAAACAGGCAGAUGGUCAACGAUGACAAGAAUUAUGACGACCUUGUUGAGAUGAUGAAUUUUUACAAUGAAAACUGGAAUGUUUCUUCGGAGUAUUUGACAGAUUACGGAUGUCAGUGUCGCGGAAAUCUGGAUCGAUAUCAUGAUGGCCUUGGAAGAGCUAAAGAUGGACUCGAUAAGGGGUGUAGUCAGUGGCGACAAUGUCUAAAGAAACGUUCCACGAGAAAAAAUUUAUGCGCCAAAGACAUUUAUGGCGAAGAAUGCACCAGUCAAAACCUCAAGUAUCGCGUUGUUCUCGAAGAAGGGCAGUAUCAAUGCGUCCAGUCAAUUUCAACUUGUCGACGAGCAAUGUGCGAGUGUGAUUUGCAAUUUGCCCAGUACAUGGGUCUUCGAGCUUCAACUUGGGAUACGAAGAAUUCAGCGGUUCAUUCAAACUGGGAGCCAGAAGAACAGUGUUUGGAGGAAACUGGGGAAAAUUACGAAGGAAAAUGCUGUGUGAAUCCACUCACUGGACUUACAUCCCGUUACAACUCGUUGACCAAAUGCUGCGAUGCUGAAGGUCUUAUCCACGAGAAAGGGCAGUGUGUCGGUGAACAAACCCUUUCUACUGACGGACAGAGUCUCUGGACUGGCUAA